ACUUUGCUCUGUUGGAAACGGAACCAGAAUGAGCCCCAGUGUGUUUGUCUCCCUGUUUAGUUCUUCCAGGACUUGGCAGCUCCUCACUCCGGACUCUGGAGAGGAAGGAAAGUGGUUCUCUUGUAGUCCAGCAGCAGGAUGUGUCGAGCAGUAAAUCACAGCGAGAGACCUGGAUACUGGCCACCCUCAGUGAGGUGGCGCAUCUCGCCACGCAGAUUCAUUUUUCAAGUUCCCUUCAGGAAAGUGUUAACGCGUGGGCCAGUGGAGACAAGGAUACGCUGCGUGAUUAUCAUGCAAAGUUGACAGAAGCAAUUCAAAGCACAGCUAAGUUAUUGCAGCAAAACCGGCAAAAGGACAUUCAUUGCAUUUUUCAUGAUGGCCUCGUAGAAAAUGAAGAAAGUAGCAUAAAAGAUAUGAAAUCCACACCGUCAGUUGGAAGUACGAAUAGUUCCCCCGUCUGUGACGUUUCCAGUCAAAAAAAGAUCAGAAAACCCUCAACAUCAGGACAUACUAAAAAACUGAGCAAUCAUGUUCUUCUGUUAACCUACCAGCGUGACGUAGUUAAAAGAAUACUGGAGCAAAUAAAAUCUGGUGCCAUCGGUGACCGUUCAAACAUACCCAAUGCACUCUUUCACUAUCAGUACGACGAGAACGGUAUGGAUAUCUCUUUAAAGGUUGGCGAGUGUGAGUUCGGCUAUGGCUAUGAAUACCAGGGGUCAGCUGAGCGCAGCCUCAUCACUCCCCUGACAGAAAGAACCUUCCUUAGUCUCAGUUCUGCUCUCUGCAGUGGGGCAUGGGCACUCUGCAUGGGACCUGAGAGCGUUGGAAAGAAGACCACAAUGAAGGAGCUGAGUCUCGCUCUGGGGAGAGCUCUAUACUUCAUCCACUGCACCGAAGCCAUGGAUCUCAAAACACUCACAGAUAUCUGCAAAGGGGUCGCAUCGGCUGGUGCCUUUGUCUGUUUGAAUGGGAUGGAUCGGAUGAGACCCUUGAUUCUCUCUGAGGUGGCACAUUGGCUGGGGCAGAUCCAGGAUGCAAUGCAGGCUGGGAAGGGUGUCGUCCAUGUGCAGUCCAGUGACAUAAAACUAAAUCCAUUGGGUGGAUGUCUAGCUAUUGUUAAAAGCGAUCCUGUGAAACAGACUGGUAAUGCACUUUAUCCCAGGUAUGUCUCACCUGCAGCCACUAUUCCAGACAGCCUUCUCAGGCGUUUUCGCAUUGUCAGCAUAACAAGCACCGACCUCCACUUCUCUGUGGAGACUCUGCUUUUCACAGCAGGGUUUUCAGGAGCCGGAUUGCAGGCGAGGAAGCUGCUGGCACUGCUUGAGGCCUGUUCAAAGAUGUCUGCAGUAUCAGUUUGCUCCGGGCAUUGUGGGAACGCAAAGAGCUUUGCAACGCUGUCGAGUAUAAGACAUUUAAUUCAUAAAGCAGGCAGUCUGUUGUGUGAUAUGCAGAUUAAGCAAGAAGCCAUCCAGAGUCCAAACGAAACGAAGGGCUUGCAUGCUGAAGGGGACGGUGGUCUGGAGGAUCGAGUGCUGGUUGCUGCACUCCAUCAUUGCUUGCUCCCCCAGCUGACAGGAGAUAAACUGAAGCUCGUUUGUUCAGUAGCAGGCACGCUCUGGCCGAAUGUGACCUUGCCUGUGCAAACGACCCUGCUAGAGAAUCACAGAGCUAAAUUUGCAGAACCUGUGUCGCUGGGCAGUGUGGAGAACCCUUCUCUAAUGCUGGAGCUCAGCAGUGUAAAAGGAGCACUGGAUGAAGAGAACGAGGCCAUUGCAAAGGCAGCUACACAAAGGCAGCUGUGUGCUGAUGACAAGUUCAUCUCUCGAGUCUUCCAGUUGGCUCAACUUGUGCAAACCUAUCAAACUACGGCUAUCGUGGGGCCAGCAGGAUGUGGAAAGAGUGAAUGCAUACGGACGUACCUUCAAUCUGUGAGGGAGAAGGGGACGGGCAUGGCUGUGCAGACUGUGUUCAUCAGAGCUCUGGAAUCUCAACAGCUAUUGGGGUACACAGACCCACAGUCAGGAUGGAUGGAUGGUUUGCUUCCAAAGCUAUUGAGACGGUACUGGCUUCAGCUCCCUGAUGAUUCCAAAGAGAUUACUGGAACUGUGAAGACAGUUCACCUCGAUGGACAAAUUGAUGCACAGCAGAUGGAGCACAUGCAGGCAGUUCUCAGCAGCAAUGGAUCGUUUAUCCUCGCAAACAAUGAACAUAUCAAGCUGCCUGGCUCCAUUAAACUAUUCUGGGAGCUUGAAUCGCUGGAGGACAUUAGCCCGUCCAUAAUCUGCUGUUUGGGCAUCUUGUCAAUAACCAGCAGUGACUCAGACUGGAAACUGCCCUUAACCAAAUGGCUUGAGGGCUGCCCUGAACACUACAGGCGUCGCCUUCAGCAGCUCACUGGAGAGUUUUUAGAGCCUCUUGUGGAAUUGUUUCGUGACAGCUCUUCAUUGAAACGCAGAGACACUGGAAGACCCCAACUGAAAAAAGUAACCAACAAUACUGUAGAAAACAUGGUGCAGACAUUCUGCAGGAUUUCUGAGGCGCUGAAUCCUCUGAGUGUGGACAUGCCAUUUGAAGCUGUGAAGAAAUGUUUCCUUUUUGCAAGCCUUUGGGCUUUUGGGGGUACCUUGGAGUCCCAGUAUAGAGCGCCCUUCAAUCACUGGUGGAGAGAACAGUUUGGAAAGGGCUGUGUCUUUCCUGUGGAGAGAGAGAUCUGGGACUAUUACAUUGACAAGGAGACGUGGCAGUUUGUCAGGUGGAGUGACAGUCUCCCGCUCUACUCUGUUCCAUGUGGACAGGGAAUUCCAUCUCAAGCGUUUGUCCACACCGUCGAAAGCGAGCAACUGGUGUAUUUGACAAGCCUCCUGUCUGCUGCGGGCCACCCUGUCCUGCUCCUGGGUGAAGCAGGUUGUGGUAAAAGUAUGGUUCUGAAUCAGCACAUCCAGGCCCUGUACUCGGGGGAUGAGGUGGAGGUGCAGCUCAAGGUUGCAAUGAACAGGUCCACUACUCCUAAGAAGCUGUGGCAGAGCCUGCUGAAUAAAGUGGAAUGUUACCAUGGGGAUGUGCACGCCCCCCUGAAGAAUAAGAAGCUGAUGUGCCUGGUUGAUGACCUGCAUUUAGCUCAGGUUGAUCAUCAUGGCAGCCAGCCAGCGUGUGAGUUGAUGCGGCAGCUGCUUGACUGUGGGGGUGGUUUUGACCCACUUUCCUUUGAGUGGAAGACAAUAAGGAAUGUUACCUUCCUGGCCACUGCCAAUGGUAACUCUUCUGCCAGAGUCCCAAAGCUAAGCCAACGUCUACUGAGGCACUACAGCAUCUUCCACUGUCCUUACCCCAGUUCUGUCAACCAAUAUGGAAUCUUUAGUGCUUUGUUGAAUGCUCAUUUCCUGCAGUCUUCACCAGCACACCAGACUGGUAGUUCGAGCUCCACAAGUAAUUAUAACCACCGGGACCUGCUUUCAGCUGUCACCAUGGUUACCAUAGAAACGCAGGAACGUCUCAGAACCAUGUUCCUGGGAACCUCACAAAGGUGUCACUACAUAUUCACACUCAGGGACCUGGCAAAGACAUUCAGAAGCCUCUGUCUGUCCCUGAGCCCUAAAACAUCCCCUGAAGCCCUCCUGUAUUUAUGGAGACAUGAGUGCGACUGGGUCUAUGGACGCAGAAUGGUCAGCUGUGUGGACUACGAAAGAUACACCCAAGAGUACAUUGCAGCAGUGAGGAAAGCAUUCACUGACGAGGAGCAGGUCAGAUUAAUCAUUAACCCUCAGCAGCCACUGGUGAGUAAUGUCAUUGAGCUGGAAGGGGGGCUGAUCAGUGCUGCCCCAACACAAUGGCAAGGGAGAUCUCUAAACCAGCUGUCCAACCAGGAGAGGAUUUCUGAUGGGUACCAGCACACCUUUGAUGAAGACCUUGUUCGGGAACUGCUUGAGGAAUCUGUGAAAGAACACAACAAGGCGAAUCCAAGGGUGGCCAUCUCCUUUUACAGGAGCACAAUUGAGUUAGUCUGCCGGUUGACUCGUAACCUGUUGAGCCCACCUGAAGUUGCCCAUACCAUGCUGUGUGGAGAAGGUUGUGCUGGAAUGUGUGUUCCGCUGGCAAGGCUGGCUGCCCAUCUGUGCAGCUUCACUGUGGUCCAAGUCAACUCUGCUGCCAAAGCUGACAAGGAUAGCCCUCAGAUGACCAACGCAUUCAAGUCCCAGCUGGUUGACAGCUAUAUUCAGGCUGGUGUCCAGGGACAAAGAGUGCUGUUGGUGCUGAGUGAGGAGCACUUGGAGACGUUCUCUCUGCUUUACAUCUCAGACCUAGUUGUUUCGGGAUCAAUAACUCCACUGUUUACUUCAGAGCAGCAGACCAGCAUUGUUAAUGAACUUCGCAGUGAGAUAACUAAUGAAGGCAUAACCUUCACUAAAGAGGCUGCCUGGGAUUAUUUCUUAAGAAGAGUGACUCGAAACCUUCGCUGUAUUCUCAUCUGUCCGUCUACUGGGAGCAGUUUCCAUCAGUGCUGUCAAGAGUUUCCAGCAUUUACUAAUACCAUCAAUAUUUAUUUUGUUCCUCACUGGUCCAGAUCCAGUUUGGUUGCCCAGGCCUCCUACCAUAUACGAGAUCUUGAGUUAAGUGGAAAAGAGAAAGAGAACGUGUCUUACCUUUUGGCUUCCAUGCACCUUGUCAUUUCCAAACAUGACGGCAACCACAAAGGAACAGGCCGGUUUGGCCACAUGACCAACGGCACCUACGAGACGUUUGUGCAGACCUUUGUGACUCUGCUUAAGAAGAAGCGUGCUGAGUUAAUGGCAGAGCACAGGGAAAUAGAAAAGACGCUCGCACACAUCGGGGACAUCUUGAAGGCCUCUGUCAAGCUGAAGAAAGACUUUCAACAUGAAACGGUGGUUCUUGAAGAGCGUAAACAAGGGGCGAUGCAGAUCCUCAUUCAGAUCGGACAGGACAAGGCAGUGGCCGAGCAACAGGUUCAUGCGCUCCAUCAGCAGGUGAAGAAGAUCAGGAAACUUCAGAAGCUUCUGCCAGAGUAUCAGCUGGCUCACGACAGAGCGGCGUACAAGUGUUCAGCCAUUGUCUUGAACAUUAAGAAGCUCGUAGGAGAGAUUGAUACUGACGCGUUGGGAGAGCUGCGUGCCAUGCAGAAGCCAGAUGUUGAUACAGAAGUCCUGAUGGCCUCAAUAAUCACAGUCCUGAAAUCCCCCUCUGCUGACUUGACCUGGUCAAAGGGAGCUAAGAGACAGCUGGCAAACCUGGAAAGAUUCCUGGAAGAGCUCAGUACCUUUAAUGAAAUCCAACUCCAAGAAACCACUCUGGCACUAUUGGAAACCUACCUGCAGAAGCCUUCCUUUACUGCUGAGAACAUGGAGAGCAAAGCUGGUGGGAACACAGCUACUGGAUGCCUGCUGAAGUGGCUGCAGGGAGCUGUCUCCUAUCACAGAAUAAUGGUGUCUAAGGUCAAGCCUUUACACAGUAAGGUGGAAGAGAUGACGGCUGCUUUAGAGCAGGCCGUUCAGAAGAUGAACACCCUACAGGCAAAAAAGAGUACACUUCUGAGACGUCUGGAUGAGCUGGAAAAGGGGUUUGAAGAAGCCUCCAUUGACAAAACUGACCAAGAGAGAAAGACAUCGGAGACCAUGAGCAGGCUGGAGUACCUUUCUUCACUAGCAGAGGUCAGUAGCACUACUUUCUAA